UCCUUUAUUUUUUUCUUUGAUUUGUUUUUUUCUCGUUAAAGGAAAAAGCCACUGCGAAUGCAUUGCUUGCCGUGAGAGCUCAUCGCUUUUGAUUUUCAUAUCAGAUAUCCAUGAUUUGAGCUGAGCUUCUUCGGUUAGCUCACGCUCGUGUCUUGUAGUUGUUAUGUUUUAGGGUCUGUUGUGUUUUUAGGGUUUUAUGCGAUUUCAAUGUGAAGGUUCGGUUUUAUCCGUUCCUUGUUCUGUUUGAUUCUCAGAUUUUGGGUACUGAUAUCGCAAUUGAUGCUGGGUAGUUGAUUUGGUGUGCUUUUAGAUGUAUCGGUUUUGUCUUGGUAUUUUCGAGAUACUUUAAGUGAGGGUGUGACUGUGGAGUUCUGUUGAUUUGAUAGCCUCGUGCGAGGAAGGAAUGACUAAUUCGUUAGACGAUUAGUUAACGUAAUGAUGUAUGAAUAACUCUUGAAAAUAGAUUUGGUUGCUUUGGAACAAAUUUUGAGUGUGAACUUGUAGUUUCUUUUUCUGCUUUUAGUCUUUCUGAUGUUAGUUGUUUGAGUUAUGAUCCUAUGCGACUAAUCUAGUUAGAGAUGUGAACUUAGAAGUUAGAGCUCUGAAUUUUUAAGCUGUUAUGAAGAUUCAUUUUGUUUUUUAGUGUUGAGUUCUGGAUAUUCCUCGAAAAGAUUUGCUUCUUAGUCAUUACUAAGGUAUCUCCAUUUGGGGAGGAUCUAGCCUUUUAGUUAUUACUAGGGUAUCUGUUUCCGAUUGGCUGGGAUCUUUGAAAAGCGGUUCCUGGAUGCACUGUGUUAGUGGACAUGCAAACUAAGAAAAAAACCUCCAGGCGAAAUGCCAGUCAAGAGCGUGCCAGUCCUAAAGUUUCAAGAGCACAGAGGAAGGUCUCUCAAAAUGGUCAAGCUGCUGAAAAGAAAGUCACAGACUUAAUUACAUCAUCUGCUAGAAAGAAUAAAUCUCUUAGCACCCUUGAGAAUAAAACUAGAGAGCCUAUCCCUCCAACAGAUUUGAAUAAUGGAUAUGAGUUUAUGGACAGUGGGACUUCUGAUGCUUGUUUGGAAAAUGAUGCAGUUGACGGUGUUUCAUUAGAUUUUAUGGGUUGUAACAAUCAAGCUGUUCAUCUGGAGUCUGGAACUAUAUUUUCUCCUGGGUUUCACUUGUCCAAAAAUUCUGGUGGAGUUGACAGAGUUGAUUUUAUCAAAAUUUUUCAGAAUGAAGACCACAAGAGAGUUUCUCCGUGCCAAGAAAUAGAGUCACCACAGGAAGAUGCAGUAGAUGGUCAUGUUAGUCGAGACUCUGACACUGCAAUGGAGGUAGACAUAAACAAUUCAUCUUUAAGCACAAAAAAUGUGAAUGGUUGCAAUUCUGAUUAUGAUGGAAAUGGUCUUUCCAUGGAAGUUUCUGCCAUAUAUCUUGCCAUGAAAAACUCAAAGCUUGAAUGUGUUGAUGAGCACAGUCAGGAUCCCAUGUCUUCUGAAAUGUGCAUAGAGGAGGAUGAAUUUGAGGAUUUUGAUGACUUUGACCCGUACUUAUUCAUAAAGACCUUGCCAGACUUGUCAACAGUGGUUCCAACUUUUAGACGAUUGUUGUUACCGAAGCAGACACGUAGUUGCCCUUCUACUACUCUUGUCCUGGACUUGGAUGAAACUUUGGUGCAUUCUACCCUGGAACCUUGUGAGGAUGUAGACUUCACUUUUCCUGUUAAUUUCAAUAGUGAGGAGCACAUUGUCUAUGUACGCUGCCGCCCUCACCUCAAAGAUUUCCUUGAGAGAGUUUCUGGUCUUUUUGAGAUUAUUAUAUUUACAGCUAGUCAAAGUAUUUAUGCCGAGCAACUUCUAAAUGUGCUUGAUCCAAAGCGGAAGAUAUUUCGCCACCGUGUAUACCGUGAGUCCUGUGUUUACGUGGAGGGGAAUUACCUCAAAGAUUUAACAGUGCUUGGUCGUGAUUUGGCACAUGUUAUGAUAAUUGACAAUUCCCCACAGGCAUUUGGAUUCCAAGUGGAUAACGGAAUACCAAUCGAGAGUUGGUUUGAUGAUCGUUCAGAUCAAGAAUUGCUUUUAUUACUUCCGUUCUUGGAGAGCUUGGUUGGUGUUGAUGAUGUCCGGCCACUAAUUGCAAAGAAAUUCAACCUGCGGGAGAAAAUUGCUGCAGCUGCGCAUCCUCUAAAUAGAAGAGAUUUCUUAUCAGAAUGAAUUGUGGGUUAUACAAUAUCGGAAUGAAUUUUUAUUAGUUUGUAUGUUAUAGCAUUCUUGGGUUAUGAUUUAACGUUAGAAUUCUCUUUGUUGUGGAAAUUGUAAUAUGUAUACACUGAACCAGCAAAAAAAGGAAGGGGGAGGACGAGAGUGUAAGCAUGUGUUGAGUGUAGAAACGGUUUAUACAAUAUGACUUGUGCGGGCGGAUACUUGGUUGGUUAUUGUCCUGGUAAUAAAAAUUCCCCAAUUGUUUUUAUUUAA